UAAACAAAGCUCCCCUCCGGCAAGGCAAUCCUCGCAGCGCAAAGCGAUGGAGUCCUCCUGGAUGGAGUCCUUCUGGCUUGAGGCGCACUGGACAAGGCCCUUUCACCUGACGCUGGCGUUCUGUUUGGCCCUAGGGCUGCUGCAGGCCAUCAAGCUCUACCUGCAGAGGCAGAGGCUGCUUCGAGACCUGCGCCCCUUCCCCUCGCCCCCCACUCACUGGCUCUACGGGCAUCAAAAGUUAUUUAAAGAUGGUAAAAUGGAGAACCUUGAGAAGAUUGUAGAAAAAUACCCUUGUGCAUUUCCUCGCUGGGUUGGGCCCUUUGCGGUAUUUUUCUAUAUCUAUGAUCCAGACUAUGCAAAGACAUUUCUGAGCAGAACAGAUCCCAAGUCCAGAUUCCUGUAUAGGUUCAUUAUUCCAACUGUUGGAAAAGGACUAGUGAAUUUGGAUGGACCCAAAUGGUCUCAGCACCGUCGCCUACUAACUCCUGGAUUCCAUUUUAAUACCUUGAAAUCGUUCGUCGAGGUGAUGGCUCAAUCCGUGAACAUCAUGCUGGAAAAGUGGGAGAAGAUUUGUGGCUCUCAGGAUGCACUUCUGGAUGUCUAUGAGCACAUCGACUUGAUGACCCUGGACGUACUCAUGAAAUGUAUUUUCAGCUGGGAAACCAACUGCCAAACAGACAGCUCCCAUGAUUAUUAUAUAAAAGCAACAAGUGAAGGCAGCAAUAUCCUUAUACAACGCGUGUACAAUUACUUUUAUCACUGUGACCUAAUUUUCAAAUUAAGCCCUCUGGGCCACCGCUUGCGGGAGAUAAACAAGAUAUUGCAUCAGCAUACAGACAAGAUAGUCAAGGACAGAAGGAAUUCCCUCAAGAAUGAGAAUAAGCAGGCUAACACUCAGAAGAGGAAGUACCGGGACUUCCUGGAUAUUGUCCUUUCUGCUCAGGCUGAAAAUGAUAGCUUCACAGAUGCAGACCUAUGGUCCGAGGUGAACACAUUCAUGUUGGCCGGGCAUGACUCUGUAUUAGCAGGCAUUUCCUGGCUCCUCUACCACCUAGCUCUGUACCCUGAGCAUCAGGAGAGAUGCCGGGAGGAGAUCAGAGCCAUCCUAGGGGAUGGGUCUUCCAUUACCUGGGACCAACUGAGUGAGAUGUCAUACACUACAAUGUGCAUUAAGGAGUCACUCCGCAUAGCUCCUCCAGCCGUGUCCAUUUCCAGAGAACUCAGCAAGCCCAUUACCUUUCCAGAUGGACGCUCUUUGCCUGCAGGAAUGACCGUGGUUCUCAGUAUCUGGGGUCUCCACCACAACCCUGCCGUCUGGGAAAACCCACAGGUCUUUGACCCCUUGAGGUUCUCCCAGGAAAAUAAUAAAAGACACUCCCAUGCUUACUUACCAUUCUCAUCUGGACCAAGGAACUGCAUUGGGCAGAAUUUUGCCAUAGUUGAGAUAAAGGUGAUUGUUGCCUUGAUUCUGCUCCGCUUCCAGAUGACAGUAGAGCCCACCAAGCCUCUUGUCUUCAUGCCCCAUAUUUUCAUCAAACCCAAGAAGGGGAUCUACUUGCACCUGAAGAAACUCCCCUAAUGUUAGAGCCUAGGAGGUGAUGAUUAUAUACAUUUUGUUUUAAAGUUAAAUUAUAGCUCAAGGUCCACAAAAAUUUAGAGUAAUCAAAGUAUGGUAACAGGGUAACAUAGGGUUUCAGUAUGAUUCAGAGAUUUUCUCAUCUUUUCUGUUUGAUUCUGGUUCUUAAUAAUGCCAAAUAUCAAGAAUUUUUUAAGUGGCUUCCAUAUAUUUUCUGCUCUUUUAAAAUCUUUUUCAGAAUUGCAUUCAUAAUACAUGAAUGUAUGCUCAUUGUAAAAGAUUUACAACACUAGAAAAGCUAUGGAGUAAGAGGUAAAAAUCCCAUUUCACAUAGCCACACCUCCCUGCCCAAUCCUACUGCUUUUCCUAAAAACAGAAUAGCUUGGGAUGCAUUCUUUCAGACUUUUUCCUGUACAUUUCAGAUAUGCAUAUGUAUGUACGUAUUCUUAUCUAUGGGAUCAUAUCCAUAUUGUUCUUACUUUUUUCACUCAAUAAAAAUACAUCUCAUUUCUAAUCAUGA